AUGGCCUCCGUAGGUGCGGUGAUCCCGCCGUUGAACCAACGUCCUGAGAAAGGCACCAUCCUGCUCUUCGACGUUGACGGCACUCUCAGUCUCGCAAGACGGCAUGCCACGCCGGAAAUGCUCGAGCUCCUCGCCGCCGUCCGCCACAAAUGUGCCAUCGGCUUCGUCGGAGGCUCCGACCUGUCCAAGCAGCAGGAGCAGCUGGGCUCGCCUGACACUCCCGUGCAGUCCCUCUUCGAUUUCUGCUUUUCCGAGAACGGACUCACGGCGUAUCGCAUGGGGGUGCCGCUCGCCUCGCAGUCCUUCAUCGGCUGGCUCGGCGAGGAGAAGUACAAGAAGCUGGUGAAGUUCUGCUUGAGGUACAUCGCGGACCUGGACAUUCCCGUCAUGCGGGGCACGUUCAUAGAGUUCAGAAAUGGCAUGAUCAACGUGAGCCCCGUGGGCAGGAACGCCAGUCAGAAGGAGAGGGACGAGUACCAGAAGUUUGAUCUGGAGCACAAGAUCAGGGAGAAAUUCGUCGAGGCGUUGAAGAAGGAGUUCCCCGACUUGGGCCUCACCUACUCCAUCGGUGGUCAAAUCUCCUUCGAUGUCUUCCCAACAGGCUGGGACAAGACCUAUUGCCUGCGGCACAUCGAGGCGGACGAGAAGCUGCCAGACGGCGUCAAGUUUGACAAGAUCCACUUCUUUGGCGACAAGACAUUCAAGGGCGGCAAUGACUACGAGAUCUACGAGGACCCAAGAACCAUUGGGCAUGCCGUCAACAAUCCGGACGACACCAUGAAGAUCCUCAAGGAGAUGUUUAACCUGUGA